CGCGAGGUUAAUACUCAUUACGUAAAUACACAUUCUAUUACGUAAGGCUUCCGUAAUAAUGAUCUUUUACAACUGUUACGUAAAAUUAUCAUAUGUUACGUAACCAUUACGUAAUGCCUAUUGUAUUUUACGUAAUACGACCCGUAUGAAACCUGCUGUAGUAGGUAAAAAAAUUUCAAAUUACCUUACUUCACGUUACCAUAGGAAAUCCCAAACAUUCAUAGUUUCAUAUCCAUAUUUUUUUCCAACCACUCAAUUAUUAGGAUGUUCUGAUUGAUUCUAAUAACCCACAUACUAAAUUAGAGAGCACAGAAAACAAGUAACAAAGCACAAAGAUAAUACGACGCGCCGGUUCCCCGAAUUAAUACACCGUUGACCGAACGAACAGGCGCGCACUUUUACGAAAAAAUCUGUUGAGCAUUCUAUUUCUGUGUGUAGCUGGAUAUAUUUAAUUAAUAAUUACUAAUUUGUCCAUGAAGUUGUUAGGAGACCAAUGGUUGACCUUACCGAAAUGUACAUAAUAAUAAUAACAUAAAAAUACAAGUGGAGAUUAAUUUGUUUUUGUUUAAUUACAACGACAAGUGGAGAUUAGGUGAUGAUGAUCACUAUAUUGCACCAAGUUUCCAUUACCAUAAUCCCACUUGCAUGUGUACGCAAAUAGUAAUUUGCAUUAUUAGAAGGCGAGAAGGAAAAAUAUAUAAAAAAUAUAUUUUAAGAAGUAAUGAUUGGUUAGGUAAUUGUAUUGGUCUCAAUAGAUCAAAUUGUUGGGAGAGAUUCCUCUAUGGAUCUUAUAUUAUUUGCUAAUUAAUUAACCAGCUCUUUUAAAUAAAAGUCAAUUAACGAAUUUGAAGUUCACAACAAAUUUAAAUAUCAUAUGGAUAACAUUAGAGGUUUGAUGGGAUUCGAACGCAAAAUCGAUUUUCAAAGGCUUUGAUAUAUUUCUAUGUUUAAAUUACUAUAAAUAUAUUUAGUUCACGAAAGUACCACAACUUGAGCUUAAAUUCUUUCUGCCCAAACCCACUUCAAUACAAUGCGCGAAGUUAAUGGUUUGUUAAUUGUAUGAAUUUUAUUCAACCAAAGCCAACAGAAACUAAAGAAAAGUUCGUGGUUUUUGUGCAGGUUAAGCUAACACAUGAUUUGCAUAUAUUGAAUUAAUAAAUAAACCAUACGUGUUAUUAUUAUGAGACAAUCCAAAUACCACAUUCGUAAUAUAAGAGAAGAGACCAUUGUAUAUAAGUGUCCACCUAACGCAUUUAGUACGAAACCUUUUGGGGAGGAUACUCAAGCGUAAAACCGUACGAUCUUGGAGAAAGCAGACAAUAUCGUACUAAUUGACCCUCACUCCCGCCUAUAAAUUCAGCCUCACGAACCCACUCCUCCUCCGCCUCAAACCAAAUCCACCACCAACAAAAAGUUAAUCACUCAUUAACAAUUAAAUCACUCUUUAAUCACGUACAUCCGUACACAGAUUAUGGGUUCGAUAGCCGAAGAUCUCCCGCUGCUCGCCACCAAGCUCCACAUCACCAACAACAAGAACACUCAUCAGCCCACGCCGGCUCCUCCUCCUCCGGCGGCGCCGUCCGUCGGUUUCGCCGUGACGGCGGUGAAGAAGGAGCUGGUGGCGGCGGUGCUUCCGGUACAGGAGCACUGGCUCCCGCUAUCCAACCUCGACCUCCUCCUCCCGCCGGUCGACGUCGGUGUGUUCUUCUGUUACUCCGACGGCGGCGGAGACGCCGCCGCCGCGGUGCUGAAGAAGGGCCUUGCGCAGGCGCUGGUUUCGUACUACGCCUUCGCCGGGGAGUUGGUGAUGAGCUCCGGCGGCGAGCCGGAGCUUCUCUGCAACAACCGCGGGGUGGAGUUCUGCGAGGCGUACGCUGACGUGGCACUCCGGGAGCUCGACUUGUAUAACCCCGACGACUCCGUCGAAGGCAAGCUCGUUCCCACUAAGAACGGUGGCGUUUUAGCUGUUCAGGUGACGAAACUGAGGUGCGGAGGCUUAGUAGUGGGAUGCUCGUUCGACCACCGCAUCGCCGACGCCUACUCCUUCAACAUGUUCCUCGUCUCGUGGGCCGAGUCGGCCCAAUCCAGGCCCAUCACCACCCUCCCAUCCUUCCGCCGCUCCUUGCUCAACCCCCGCCGCCCGCUCUCCCAUAACUCCGCCACCCUCGACGACAUGUACAUCCCCGUCUCCUCCCUCCCGCCGCCGCCGCCGCCCUCCUCCUCCUCCUCCGUCCUCGUCAGCCGCAUCUACCACGUCAGCUCCGACUCGCUCCUCAACCUCCAAUCCCUCGCCAACACCAACACCACCAACAACAACCGCUUCUCGAAGCUCGAGUCCUUCUGCGCCCACCUCUGGCAGCUCGUCGCGAGAUCCACGCUUGGAAACGACGACGACGACGUCGUUUCCAAGAUGGGGAUCGUGGUCGACGGGCGGUCCAGAUUGGGUCCCAAGAUGGGAUCCUACUUCGGAAACGUCCUCUCGAUCCCGUACGGCGGGAAGCGCGUGGGCGAGCUGGCUGCGAGCUCGCUGGGACACGUGGCGGGUGGGGUCCACGAGUUUCUGGGGCGCGGGGCGAGCCGGGACCACUUCCUGGGCCUGAUCGACUGGGUGGAGGCCCACAGGCCGGAUCACGCGGUGUCGAAGAUAUACAGCGCCGGGAAUGCGGACGGGCCGGCGUUCGUGGUGUCGUCCGGGCGCGGGAUGCCCGUGGGCCGGGCGGAUUUCGGGUUUGGGCUGCCGGUUUUCGGGUCGUACCAUUUCCCGUGGGGCGGGGCGGCCGGUUACGUGAUGCCGAUGCCGAGCCCGAAGGGGAACGGGGAUUGGGUGGUUUACAUGCACUUGUUUGAGGAGCAGUUGGAGCUGAUUGAGAGGGAAGCUGCCGCCGUUUUCAGGCCGUUCGCUUGGGAAUACGUCAUCGUUUAAUGCAAAGCCCCAUUUGUAAUUGUACGUGUGUAUGCAUGCAUGUGUAUGUAUGUAUCCGUCUAUCUGUACGUAUAAAUUCUUGUUGGUUGGCAGUACGUAUAUACGUAGACGAGAGUGAUCGAUCUACGUAUUUUGUACGUACUAUUCAUGGUAUCGUUACAUAUGUAAUGCUUGAUUAGAGUCAGAGAUAAUUUUUCUCUCGUACAUUAUCUUAUCUUAUGUGUAUAUUUAUUUCCAAGUAAUUAUUGGAGUCGUGAGUCGUCGCAAGUUGAAAAAACUAGAUCUCUGAAGUCUCCCUCAAAAGACUAUUCUGUUCUUAUAUGAGUUUAAACGAGAGUUCGAAGUUGGAACGUUGAAUGAACAUCACCAUAAACAUGAAAGGAGAUGGUGAACUAGUUGAAUGUUGGGUGCGAUCCGCCAUUGUUGUUAUAAUUUUUAUAUAUAUAUAACCGUCUCAUACUCGAUCAAUUAUAUGCGAUUAAUUUUCUUCAUCGUUCAUCCGAUGACGAAGCAGUGGCGGAUCCAGGGCUGGGCAAACCCAGGCCCCGGCUCAGCCCUCCUCCGGAUCCAGAGUUAGUUUAGUACUUAUAAAAUUUUUCGAUUUAGGUAUUUGUCCCAGUGCUAUUUAAAUCAUGUCUAGUUUUAUUUGAUAAUAGGAUUUUGUGUAACUAAGAAAAUGAUUUUGAUGAACAUAUCCAAACAAUUACUCUAAAUUUAUACUAAAUUUUCUAUAGCCUCAAUGAUUUUAUUUGAAAAAAGACAUGAAAACCUAAAAGUGUAAAGUUUCAUUAAAAUAAAAAUAAAAACUCUAAACUGAAGCACACCCUUCCUUGCAAAAUUCAAAAAAAUUCCCAAUCCCCCCAAAACAAAACAAGAACGAGGAGACGAGCACACCCAAAUGGAUUUCUCCGCCAGCCCGUCGAGCUGGUUUUCUUUCCAUUCUUUUGAUUAAGAAAAUAUUUACAAACUUGCUGAGUCAUCAUUUAGAUUGCCUCAAUUGAGUGCGGCACUAGAUUCUAACCAUUCUUUCUUGUGUUUUGAUGAAGAAAAUAUUUACAAACUUGCUCAAGAGUUUAGCCUCGAGACUUUGAAGGCUAUGAGAUGCAUUCUUUGGAGAAUGCACUACUCAUGUGAGGAAGAUGAAGUUUCUUCUCUUGCAAAAUUAUUAGAGAAGCUGGAGGAAACAUGGAUGGACACAUAAUACAAAUUGAUAUGUCGGUUGCUUUGUCUAGUGUUGACCUAGCCGUUUCAACAACUACCAUGGAGAGAAUAUUUUCAGCAAUUGAACAUGAACAUUGAUUUGUGCAACAAUAUGAGCGAUGAAUUUCUCGUUGAUUACUUAGCUAUUUUCUUUGAAAAAUAGUAUAUUAUCAGUAUGGAUGGAGAUUAUCUUAUUGAUGAAUUUGCUAAAUUAAAAGACCUUCUUGUACAAUUGGCAUUGUAAUGAAAAUUAUAUUAUUAUAUAUUUUUGUUUAUGGUAUCUAAUAUUCUAUUCAAAUGCGGCCCAGUGCUCUCUUAUGUCCUGGAUCCGCCGCUGUGAGGAAGAGUAUUGGAUAACCAUUUCAGAAUUGUCGUAAUAUUUUUUUUUUUGGUCGUUGAUGCUUCCAUUUGGUUUAUAUAUAUAUAUGGUGCCGUAUUCGGUGCACCCACUUUUUCGGGUGCACUCAGUGCACCCGCCUCAUAAUUGUCAUUCUGAUAUGCGAUUCAUGUCAAAACGGUAUCAAUUGUUGCUUAUGAUAUUAUGAACAAGAAGCACAAGAAUUUGAAAAAAAAAUUCAUUCAAAAUUUACUUUAAUUCGAAGGAUUUAGGGAUUUAGGGUUAGGGUUUAGGUUUAUAAUUUGGAAUUUUGGGUUGGGAUUCAAAUUGAAUGUUAAGGGGUUAGGGCAAUGGAUAGAUUUGUUAUGAUUCUAUGUCAUAUCAUCAUAUUAUAUUGAGAGUACUAAUUAAAAUUCAAAAUUUGA